CAUCGUCGGCGUGGCGUGGCGGUAGUAUAUGUUGGUAAACCAUAGAUAUAGUAUAUAUUUAUGUAGUAAAUGGCAUAAAGGCUAAUAGCAACAGAGCAAUAAUUAAGACGAUAGUUAAACUAUCUUCGGUUCAUUUAAAUUUGCUGCGAUACGUAAACUGUAAUCGUUUGGAGGAAAAUGGACAGUGAAGAAAAACUUCUACAGUUUGCUCCCUUCAGUUCGUGCUUGGAUCCUGGAUUUUGGUAUCAGCUAACACAACGUAAAGUAAACAUAUAUAAAUUGGACGACAGCCCAGUGUCAAUAAGUGGCUUUUAUUCUAAUGGAGAAGCACCAGGACUCCCAGUUUUAGCAAAUAUAGACUACACAGCAUUUGAUGGGAAUCGUAAGGCACCAGCACAUCAAUUUACCUUGAUGGGCACAUUAUACAACACCAAUAUUUUGGACGAAUUUAAACAGAAAGAUAAGCAGAAGCUCAUCUUAGAUUUUGGAAAACAAAUCUGGAGUGAUAUUAAAUCUGGGAAAGCUUUAAAAAAGCCAUCGUCAACCUUAUCACUGUUUUUAGCUGUGACGUUUGCAGACUUAAAGAGGUAUGUCUUCUACUAUUGGUUUGCCUACCCAGCAUUGAUACAUCCAGAGAAAGUUGUCUUACUUAGCCCCCCAUUAAGCUUACAGAACUGUUUCACUGCUGACCAGAUUAUUCAGCUUCAGUGUACUUAUGACUUGCUGGAGGAUCCAGAGGACAGAAGCUACUUUCUUGUACAUAUUAAUGAGGCUCAAUCUAUUACUGUCAGGCCUCUCAGAGAGUAUCUUGAUCUCAAAAAUGAACCGGGAAAGCUAAUUGUAGGGUUUGCAGACCCCUGUACUUUAAAAGAGAAUCCUGGUUGGCCUCUCAGAAACCUUCUGGCAUUAGUUUCAUACCAUUGGGGCAAAGACAGGUCUGAGUGGGAAGUCUUGUGUUUUAGGGACAGAGUCAAGGAUGGCAAGAGGUCUUCAUCUCACAGUCUUCUACUGCAAGUAAAACUAUGUGGAACAAUGAUUCCUAAUGAUGCCCCUCUUUGUGUUGGGUGGGAGAAAAAUGAAAAACAAAAGCUGGGACCUCGUCAUGUGGAUUUAAGCUCUAGUAUGAAUCCUAAAAGAUUAGCAGAGUCUGCUGUAGAGUUGAAUCUGAGAUUGAUGAGGUGGAGACUAGUCCCUUCACUUGAUCUAGAGAAAAUAACAUCAACUAAGUGUCUUCUUCUUGGGGCAGGUACUCUUGGUUGUAAUGUUGGAAGGUGUUUAUUGAGCUGGGGAGUAAAACAUAUAACUUUUGUGGACAAUGCCAGAGUUUCCUUUUCAAAUCCUGUUCGACAGUCCUUGUUCACAUUUGAAAGCUGUCUGGAUGGUGGCGAGCUAAAAGCUGAAGCUGCAGCCAACGGACUGAGGAGAAUCUUCCCUGGAAUAGUCACACAAGGAAUAAACUUAAGCAUUCCAAUGCCAGGACAUCCUGUGAAUGGAAAGUUAAUAGAACAGAUAAAGCAAGAUGUGGAACAGCUGGAAGACCUAGUGGAAACCCAUGAUGUCGUGUUUCUCCUGAUGGACACAAGGGAGAGCCGUUGGCUACCCACAGUUUUAGGAGCUCUAAAACAGAAGAUAGUCUUCAGUGUAGCCCUUGGCUUUGACACGUUUCUAGUGCUGCGGCAUGGCAUGAAAUCAAAAGAUUCUAAUUCCGGGGUGAAACCAAUGUCUUUAGAUGGUGCUGUACCAGGAGAUCAGCUUGGCUGUUAUUUCUGUAAUGAUGUUGUGGCACCAGGCAACUCAACCCGUGACAGAACGUUAGAUCAACAGUGUACAGUAACAAGGCCUGGAGUAUCUAUGGUGGCCUCAGCUUUAGCUGUUGAACUUCUGGUGAGCUUGCUACAACACCCACGUGGCCCUCUCGCAGAAGCAGAGACUAGUUCCUGGGACCAGAAUUUAACAGUGGAGUCGGAAUCACCAUUGGGAAUCAUUCCUCACCAGAUUCGAGGUUUCUUAUCCCGUUUCCACCACAUCCUUCCUGCUAGCAUUGCCUUCAAUCAGUGUACAGCAUGUUCCCACUCGGUUCUUGACAUGUAUAAACGUGAAGGAUAUGACUUCUUGUUGAAGGUCUUUAAUGAACCCAACUAUUUGGAAGAUUUGACAGGGCUUAAGAAGUUGCAUGAAGAAACAAACAGUGCUGAGGUUUGGGUGUUAAGUGAUAAUGAGAGUAUGUGAUCAAAAGGUUGACACUACAAUGGCUACAACCUCUUUUGGAAUAACCUGUCUACAUGGUUAUCAUUCUUCGUUGAAAAGGUUCUCAAAUACUUUGUACAUGAAAAAGAAAAUGAAGUGUGCUUUUUGUGGGAAUGAGUUGUACAAUUUAAUAUUAAAUUAAUUUGUUAGGCUUUAAUAAUCAGGCAAAAAAUUAAUUUGGUGAGGAAGUCUUCCUAAUACCAAUGGUUUUUGUGAUCUUGUUUCACACUGAAAGAUACCGUAUUGCUAACUGAAAGUCAAGUUUUGUGUGUCAAAUGUUGAAAAGAUUGAUUAACAUUCAACUAUAUCUGAAUGGUAUUUUUAAAUCUCUGUCAGUUGUACUUAUGGUUUAUUUAAUUAUGUUUCAGCUGACCCACAAUCAUAUUUUGUGAUAAAACAUUGUCAACUAAUUAGUAUUUGAAUCUAUUAUUAAAAUAUUUUUUCUUUC